AUGAUUCAACCACAAACGUAUCUUCAGGUUGCUGAUAAUAGUGGCGCACGUAAAUUAAUGUGUAUCCACGUUUUAAAUCGGCAGUAUGGGAACAUCGGUGAUGUAAUUAUUGCCGUUGUAAAAGAUGCCUUACCGAAUAUGCCGGUUAAAAAAGCUGAAGUUGUUCGUGCGGUUGUCGUACGUACAGCACAUACAGUUCAACGUGAUAACGGUAUGUCGAUUCGUUUUGAUGAGAAUGCUGCUGUCCUUAUUAAUAAAGAUGGUAACCCUCGUGGGACACGUGUCUUUGGACCGAUUGCACGUGAAUUACGUGAUCGUGACUUUAUGAAGAUCGUCUCACUUGCACCAGAAGUUCUU